UCCGGACCCCAGUCCCAGGAACCAGCGGCGACCACCUACCCCGGACUCAAGCCAGCGCCGGGCCUCCAACUCCAGCCCCGACCCCCAGACCCUUGCGCUGGGCCUCCGGACCCUGACUGCCCCACGAGUCCAAUCCCGGACCUCGGGUCUCUGGAGCCCCGGCCAUGCUGCUGAUGAAAAAGGAUGCGUCGGCCCGCAGCGCCACACACUCGGUGCCGAGCGAGGAGACGGUGAUUGUCGUGGAGUUCAGCCCGUUCGACAACUGUGGCGCCGACAGCCUGAUCGCCUACGGGGGCGACAACUACGUGGUGGUGGGCAACUGCCGUUUCCAGGAAGAAGAUGCAGACAUCAAAGGCAUGGAAUACAAGACCCUACAGACCUUUCACCGAGGAGUGCGUGUAUGUGCUAUUGCCUGGAGCCCAGAGACUACAGUUGACACAGUGACACACCUGGUAAAGCUAUGCACAGCAGAUGCAGACAGGAAGUUGCGAUUGCUAUCAUCUGACCUCAGAGACAAUACCACAUGGCAGGUGAUUGAGGGCCACACGGACUACAUUAACGAUCUGGUAUUCGAGCCCAUCAACGGGAAACAGAUUGCGUCUGUGAGCGAUGAUCACACGUGUCGUAUCUGGGACCUCGAUGGAAAUCAAAAGACUUCGUUUCUGCUUCACUCUCCGGGAAUGAGCUUGUGUUGGCAUCCUGAGGACGUGUUCAAGCUGAUGGUGGCGGAGAAGAAUGGGAUCAUCCGCUUUUACGACCUGGUUACUCUGCAGGCUAUCCUGUCUGUGGACUGUGGCCAGAUGCCAUUGAUGUCGGCCGACUGGUGCCUGGGCAACACCAUCAAAGUUGGUGCGGUGGCGGGCAAUGACUGGUUGAUCUGGGACAUCACCCGCUCCAGUUAUCCCCAGGAGAAGAGACCAUCACACUUGGAUGGAGCCCAGAGAUUUCGGUGGUCAAAAGCUAAUGAAAAUCUCUUUGCAACAACUGGCUACCCGGGCAAGAUGAACAGUCAACUGCUUGUACAUCACUUGGGUCAUCCGCAGGCUAUCAUGGUCGGCUCUGCUCCCGUGGCUUCAGGCUUGAGCUGGCACCGGACACUCCCGUUAUGUGCUGUUGGCGGCGAUCGCAAGGUUUUAUUUUGGAUGACGGAAAUGUAGAGAAGUUCCCCUUAACUGCUUGGUUGCACUAUCGAACAUUUUAAGUGUUGGCUUCACUACUGUACCUGUGGUCCCUGGACCAAAGCAUCAUGAUCACUUCAUCUGAGAGGGCCUCGAGCUCAACAUUAAAGAUUUGUUCAUUUUGA